AUGCCAAGUAAAAUGCUGGAAAAUCUAAUUCUUCUACUGUUCAUCACAACGUUAACAAAAGCUGGAGAAUCGCCUGCAGUAACACCUUUCAUGUUUCCUCCUCUUAAAGAAGGAGAGAGAGCAAGUGCCAUUUGCACCAUAAAAUCUGGUGACAGACCUUUGAAAUUUCAGUGGAAGAAGGAUGGCAGAGACAUUGCUGAAAUACCUAAAGUAGACAUACAAUCUGUAAAAGAUGCAUCUUCCAUAUUGACAAUAGAGUCAGUAUCUUCUAAGUUUUCUGGAAAUUAUACAUGUACAAUUUCUAACUCGUUUGGAAGUGAUAGCUUCACGGCCUCAUUGGUGGUCUCUGCUCCACCGCAAUGGGUGCAAGAACCAUUUGAUGCGUUUUCUAAAGAAGGCGAAAGUUUAAGAAUCGACUGCAGAGCAACAGGGGUACCUCUACCUACAGUUACUUGGACAGCAGGUGACAAAACAGAGUCCUUCACUUCGACAGAGCAAUCCUCAACUAUUCGUGUGUCACCUUCAGGAACGCUAAUUAUUGAUAAAAUUGAAGCUGCAAUGAAGGGAUCUUAUACCUGCACAGCCGAUAAUGCCUUUGAUUCUCCUGCUGUUGCACCAUUCAUUUUCCCUCCAGCGUUAAAAGAAGGUGACAGAGCGAGUGUCACAUGCACAAUCACAUCAGGUGACAGACCGCUCCAAUUUCAGUGGAAAAAAGAUGGACAAGAUAUUUCAAGUUUUAAGAACAUCAAAACGCAAUCGAUAACAGAUACUUCCAUACUGAUCAUAGAAUCAGUUACAGCAAAAAGUUCCGGGAACUACUCUUGCAUUAUUUCUAAUUCUCAUGGAAGCGAUACGUUUACUGCGGUAUUGACUGUUACAGCUCCUCCGGAGUGGAUUAAGGAACCAGAAGAUAAGUUUACUCAAGAGGGAGAUAGCUUAACUAUUGAAUGUGAGGCUUCUGGUGUCCCAAAACCAAAUGUAAAGUGGACAUCAGGUGCAGACUCAGCGUAUCAAAUUUCAACUGAUCAGAUUUCUACGAUGAGAGUAACACAGACGGGAUCACUCAUCAUUGGAAAAGUGGAUUCCUCCAUGAAAGGAUCCUAUACCUGUGAAGCAGAAAACGGAUUUGGUAAAUCUCUUAGAAAAACUAUUUCAAUUUCCGUCCGAGAAUCGCCUGCAGUAACACCCUUCAUAUUUCCUCCCCUUAAAGAAGGCGAGAGAGCAAGUGCUACUUGCACCAUAAAAUCUGGGGACAGACCUUUGCAAUUUCAGUGGAAGAAGGACGGUAGAGAUAUUUCUGAAAUAUCUAAAGUAGAAAUUCAAACUGUAAAAGAUGCCUCUUCUAUACUGACAAUAGAGUCUGUAUCUUCCAAGUUUUCUGGAAAUUAUACGUGUAUUAUUUCCAAUUCGUAUGGGAGUGAUAGUUUUACGGCAGCAUUAAUUGUCUCUGCUCCACCGGAGUGGGUUCAAGAACCAUUUGAUGCGUUCUCUAAAGAAGGCGAAAGUUUAAGAAUAGACUGUAGAGCAACAGGGGUACCUACACCUUCAGUUACUUGGACAGCAAGCAAGUAUUAG